UUAAUAUAUUGCUUCACACUGCUCUUAGCCUUGGAGUUACGCCCAUUCUAGCGAGCCAAACUGUUGAGAUUUACCGUAAAAUUUGGCUCAACUCUCUCUUAUUUUUUCUCCAUUUUUCAUCAUAGCCCAAACUUAACCCUGUAGCUGCCGGUCAAGGAAAUUCAUUUUUAGUUUGUGAGUUUAUUUGUGGUGACAAGACAAAACUCUUCAACAUGCCGAAAGUGCUGAACGUUCGCGUCACGACCAUGGAUGCAGAGCUGGAGUUUGCAAUUCAGCCAAGCACAACAGGAAAACAGCUCUUUGAUCAGGUCGUGAAGACGAUAGGCCUACGAGAGAUUUGGUUUUUUGGCCUGCAAUACACAGACACCAAAGGAUAUGAAACAUGGCUAAAGCUAAACAAGAAGGUACAAAGUCAGGAUGUUAAGAAAGAAUCACCACUUCAGUUCAAAUUCCGUGCAAAAUUUUACCCUGAAGAUGUGUCUGAGGAACUCAUACAAGAAGUCACAAGGAGACUCUUCUUCUUGCAAGUUAAGGAGGACAUCCUUGCUGAGAGAACUUUUUGUCCAGCAGAAACUGCAGUUUUGUUGUCCUCAUAUGCUUUACAUGCAAAGCAUGGGACAUACACCAAGGAUGUCCACACUACUGAGUUUUUGAAACAGGAAAGAUUAGUAUCAGAAAGAUUUAUUGUCAAUAAGUUGAUAGAUGAUGUUCCUGGAAGGGUCUCAACUUGGUGGGGUGAACAUUCUACUAUAUCAAGAGAGGAGGCCAUGAUUGAAUACCUAAAGGCUGCCCAGGAUUUAGAAAUGUAUGGAGUGAACUAUUUUGACAUCAAAAACAAAAGAGGGACAGAACUCUUCCUUGGCGUAGAUGCAUUGGGUUUGAACAUUUAUGAAAAAGAAGACAAGCUGACCCCCAAGAUUGGAUUUCCUUGGAGCGAGAUCAGAAACAUUUCCUUUAAUGACAAGAAAUUUAUUAUCAAACCUAUUGAUAAAAAAGCUCCAGACUUUGUUUUCUAUGCUGCUCGCCUGAGAAUAAACAAGCGAAUUCUGGCUCUCUGCAUGGGAAAUCAUGAACUUUACAUGAGACGCAGGAAGCCUGACACCAUUGAAGUUCAGCAGAUGAAAGCACAAGCUAUGGAAGAGAGACAGUCUAAGUUGAAGGAAAGGCAAAGGCUGGAAAAAGAGAAGUCAGCACGUGAAACAGCUGAGGCAGAGAGGAGGAAGCUCGAGGAAGAGUUACAUAAACUUAAAAUGGAGCAGGAAAGACAAGUGAGAGAAAAGGAAGAGGCAGAGGAGAAAGCUAAAGAAUUAUUGAGAAAAAAGGCUGAACUUGAAGAAGAGACACGCAAACAGGAAGAGCAAAAAAGGCAACAACAGGAAGAAAUUGAAGAAAUGAAGAGGAAACAGAGAGAAGAGGAAGGGGAGAAAGAGAAAAUGGCUCAGGAAAUAGUCCAGAAAGAGGAGGCACUUUCUCUGUUAAUGGAACAAGAAAAACAAGCACAAGAGGAAAGAGAAAAGAUCAGACUGGAGCUUGAAAGCCAACAGGAAGAGACAAAGAGGCUCCAGGAGAAAACAGUCCUAUUAGAAGAGCAAGCUCUUUCAGCCCAGGUUAAGGAAGAUCAUAUUGAAAUGGAGGAAACACAAACAACACUUGAAACAGAACUUGAGGUAGAUCCCCUUGUAGAAGGAGACAGAUCUGAAGAAAAUCGUAUUACAGAAGCUGAAAAGAAUGAGCGACAGCGAAAAAUGCUUCAGCUACUUCAAGAGGAUCUCCGGAAAGAGGAAAAGAAUUACUCUGCUUACGACAAACUCCACAUGCAGAACCAGAAAGAAGGAAGAGAUAAAUACAAGACGCUGAAGCAAAUCAGACAAGGCAAUACAAAGCAGAGGGUUGAUGAAUUUGAAGCCAUGUAGAGUCUCAGAGCCAACACAACUCAACAACACCUGUCCAAGGUAUAGCUUGCAGCACUUUUGAAGAAAAAUAUUUGCUGUUUAUGGGAACUAUUCACUUAAACUUUAAUUCAUGGAAAAGUGAUUAUUUUGCACUCAUAAGAAAUUUGAUAGCAUGUUAAUUAAUUUUUGUAAUGCUAGAAAAAAGAGGUAAUUAUUGAUAUGGUGAAAAAUGGUUUCUUUGUAGUAGUAAAAAUGGUUUCUGCUUAGCUCUUGUGUGAGGUUGUUUUGUUGUUGAUUCUUUUUUUGACUUCAACUGAGACCCUUCGACAAUAUUCAGAUUUCUCACAAUGCAUCUUUUCAGCCUUUAUUGCAACAGUCUUGUUGCAAGCACAUUUCAAAGAUUUCGGAUUCACUCAAUUUGUCCCAGAUUAGCCAAGCAUUGUGUAAACAAGACACUGUAUUAAUCAUUUUUGUAACGUGUCUAACUAAAAGAAAGGUAUGCUUUGCAGGUUUCGCCGUUUGCAAGGGAGUUAUCUUUCGUGUGCUAUUGCCGUUAUAUUUUCGUCACUCCACUCACUCGCUGUACAAUGUAAUAUUUUCCUCAUGCCAAAUAUAACAUAAAAUCAAAUGAGGACAUGAGUCACUGAUUUUUCUUUGUGUGAUGCAAAGGAAGAGACCUUAGAUAUGACCUGUUAUUUAACAGGCGUUAACAUAACCAGUAUCACCUUUUGUUAGAUAAUAAGUAGCUAUUUUUGUCUCUUUGAUACUAAGUUCAAGGCAUGGCUGAUGUCGUGGGCUGGAGUACCCAAGCAUUGUUAGAAAAGUAAUCAAUUUGAAUAAAAUGAGUAUGUAAUGAGAA